AUGCGGAACUACAAGGGAUUUGACGCUGUGGAUGUCCAUCUCGCGGAUGAUGGAAUCGUCCAAGCAAUCGGCAGUGGGGACAUUGUCAUGUCGAUGAAGACACCCCAAGGGAUGAAGAAAGGUGUGCUCACAAACGUGUGGCACAUCCCAAAGUUAUCCAGAAACCUGUUCUCGGUCGGCCGCUUCACCAAGGAUGUCGGCCCAGUGACGUUCACGAAGGAUGGGUGCUAUGGAAAAGCGAAAGGGACCAAGUGGAAAAUUGGUGCCCGUGAAGGUAAAGGACUGUUCAAGCUGCAAAUGACUCCAGUGGCGCCGGAACAAGCAAAUGCAGCCAAGUCGUCGGGAUGCCAAGGGGGCACCAAGUCGUACCUCUGGCACCUUCGGCUUGGCCACAUAGGUCACGAUGGACUCAAUUGCAUCGUGACGAAGAACAUUGAAUUGGCAUCGACAUAUCUUCGGUGA